AGCUCGAGGCUUGACUUUGUGACUUGUGACUUGUUUGUCACCGCCUAUGACAAUUAGAAAUUUCUUAAAGCUGCACUUAUGACUGGAUUUCUAACUCCGAAGAGAUAAAAUCGAUCAUCUGGGCACCAACUUAAACUUACAGCCUAGGUACCUACCUAGGAUGUCAGGUUGCUGGAAAUAACCCACUGGCGCACGGUGAACGGCCCAUGCCUUAGGUAUGUUGAUAUGAUACCUAAAUCAGUAUUGUUUUAAUCAUGACUUCGACCUUUAUCGUCAGAUACUUUAACCCGAACAUCUUCUUACUGGUCGUCAUAAUAUCAAUCACCAUCGCCUUCAUUAGACAUCCGAUGUAUACGAAAUACGCGUGCACAAAUAUUAUUAACGAGGAAAUAAGCCUACACGAUCUCUUAGUUACGCCCACUCGUCCAGCACGCACUGAUAACACUCUGGACUAUGCAAGAUGCGCGGCACUACAUAACAAAUUGGUCGAAUACGCUUGGGCAGCGGAAGGGCGUGAAAUAAACGACUUGGAACGACAUUCGUUCUUCCAUCACUAUGGGGAACAAGCAAAUGAAAUCAGGAGGCGACUUGAUCCUGCUCUCGUGGCUUUCUUAGAAUCCAUCAUACUAGCUGAUGAGCUGCCACCCUUUUUCUUCUGGGUUGAAGGCAUCUCACCGCCCGAGUUUAUGUUUGCUAGUGACGAUAUUCUCCAUCACGACGCAUUGAGCGAGCCCGGACGUUUUCUCAUUUUAUACAACACAAAUCCGGGCUUAGUAGGACACGCGAUGGGUCUAAUAUACGAUCAACAACUCCAUUGUGCUACCAUGGCUCUCGGAGUUGAGGAUAUCGACUUCACCCGACCAGUUGAGAGACAUCGUCAUCUGUGGUAUUCGCUUGAGACGAUACUUAGCAACUGGUGGCACAUGGUUCAAAUAGGCAAGAUCACAGCUUCUCAAGACAGUGCACCUAAUGAGAAACAUGGCCCCUGGAUCUGGCAUUCUUAUAGCCCCAUGCAAGUAGUUAGUGCAAUUGCCUCAUUCGAACGACUCGUAAAAGCUAUCGAAACCCGUAUCUCACCUGACAAACUCUUACCCAUUUCUAACAAGCCAUUGUUCAGUCACACCGACCUAGAUAAAGCCUCUGUUCCGAAUCCAUGCUUCAUUCGCUCAUUCCUAUCAGGUGUUCGUCGACCACGAUUCGACCGAAUUGCUCCAGGUUUAGCUAUUCCUCACAACCCAACUAUAUUCGCAGCCAAUCAGAGGUAUACCGUUAUGAAUAUUAGCUCUAAGCACGGCACCAUAAUUCCGCCUGUCCUUAUCUUCGCAUCGGCGGAGAAGCGGAUUGUGAGUUUAAUAUCUGCCAAUUCCUACGUCUCGUUUAAUCCAUUCUGUCGGGCAUUUAGCAAGGACAUACCUUCAGAUGGUCAGUCGAUCCUAUCUGGACUCUAUUCAGAAUCUGUAGAACGUUUCUCCGGAGACAAUGCUGAAGAGGGCUUCAGGCUCUUGCUUCCAUUUCCCCUUCGUGCCCUUGGCGAAGAGCACGGGGCAAGGAAGAGCGAUAUGAACCUAGUAGAAGAGAAAAGUGUAGCGGAUCUGUUCCAGCACGGCUUUAAGCCGUUUGGUGGCGAGUGGUGGCGGGCACAGAGGUUAGAAAUGCUAUUCGACGCCUGGACACAUUUGGUUGAGUCUGGCGUCUGGAAAGUAGGGGACAAUGGCAUCGACGGGAAUAUAGACAUGUUUAAAGACGCGGAUAGAGGUCAGUGGGCAGAUUAUCGCAUUGACCCUAGUUGGUAAGGCCGGGUAAAGGUACCGUACACUACAACAUGAACUCCAAGAAUUCUCCUCUUAUGGACUUUUUUUUUCUUUUUUUUUUUCAAAAUACUAUUCGGUAGCGAGGUAACUACC